UUAAAUAAUUAUUUCAGUUAAUCAUGAACAAUCAAAUGAUUCGGUCUCUCUCUAUUCUCACAUUUAUACUGUCCCUAGGAGAAUCAAAAAAGUAUCUCCUGGAAACAGAUGACCAACCUGGAGAAAGUGUAGGAGGGACAGAUGAUGGAGAAGACUACACUAACCAAAUUAAUAUAAAAGAUAUACCUUGUGCUGAACGGACUGGUAAAUGGAAAUGUCCUGAAGAAAUGAUUUGUGAACAGGGCAACUGCAUACCUAAGGAUGAAGGUGAGCCUAAAACCUAUCUUGUGGAAACUAAAGAUGAGGAUAAAGAAGAUUAUCUUCCGAAACCAGAAUGCGAGAAAGCUUCAGACUGUCCUGAGCCUUACAAUACAUGUGAAUCCAGAAUUUGUACGAUAUUUACAACUAUUCAUUGAAAAUCAGCAACAAUAUUGAUUAAGGAUUUUAAAGUAGAUUGGAAGCCGAGUUUAAAGUGACUAAUUUGUAAUACCCGGGUAGGAUCUUAGAGUCUGAAACCUAGUCUUAGACGCCGGGCCGACCUCCUCAGACCCUCUGUUUUUGGA